AUUAAUCCACUUGUAAAAUACCCUCAGCAAACAAGACCGUGUCACUAAAACCACAAACGCUCAGCGCUGGUGUUUUUAGAAGGAGAGAGAGAGAGAACACCUACAGAAGUGACGAGGGAGCUAUUCGAGUAGUGGGAAAAGGGUGGAUGUUGAAGGGAGGAGUUUGCGUAAAGGCUUAGGUGUAUUUUCUAGGGAGUUCGCGUGUGGGUUCCUUCGCGGGAACUGGACACCGCGGCCUCGCACAAUUGAGCACGGCCCGGGACAGAGAGAGGUGCUGUGAGAUCACGCGACUACCGCCUUAGCACGCGAGCUAGUACAGUCUUAGUAGCGCCGGCCCUGCUGAAAACACGAACCCGUUUGACCCCGUGUGACACCUCAUAGCCAAAACAGGACCUAACAGGUGGAGUCUACUCGGUUUGGGGUUCGAUUCCCGGGAGGGAGGAGCGUUUGGAGAUAAGAGGAGGACAGGUAGAGUCGCCUACAGGUGUAAGAAGAGUUGAGGACCGCCAGGGGCCAGGCACCCGCCGGCCAUAUCUUGUCAUUCUGAGGAGAUGAAGCGGUGAUAGCCCAUUUAAGUUUGGGGAACAGGCCCACCGACUACCCUUCUCACGCGAUACCAUGUGGCCGCACGCAAAAAUUAGGUGGGGGUAAAAGAUCCGGUUGCUUGCAGCAUUCUCCAUAUAAAUCUGAAGCGCUGCCGCGUUCCAGCGCACAUCGUGGUACUACAGGAACUGUCAAGUAUCGCUACGUGUAAGACGACGUCACGACAACACUACUUCAAGUAAGGGUGCAGUGCGACUACCCGUGCAGACGACACUAUGGCAGCGGUAGCCACAGCGGCCUUGUUCGGGCUUUCUUAUUUACAAGUUGUCUUGAUUGCGGUGCUGCUCGUUCUCGUGGCCGCGGUGGUGGCGAGCAGUCUUCGGCAGAACACGCCAUCUCUCCCGCCCGGACCCUGGGGUUUUCCCGUGGUCGGGAUCUUCCCGGCUCUGGGUAGCCGGCCGCAUCAUGCCUUCUCGAGGAUGGCCGAGAAGUACGGAGACGUCUUUCGCGUCAAGUUUGGGAGCCGGACUGUUAUAAUACUCAACGGCAUAGACAUGGUGAAGGACGCGUUUGUCAAGCAGUCCGCCUGCUUUGCCGGAAGACCGGCGCUGUACUCCUUCAAACAAGUGAAAAACGGCAUCACCUUCAAAACGUACAGUCCAUCUUGGGUGGCACGGAAGAAAGUCACGGUCGGAGCUCUAAAGGGUUUCGUCAACGGUCGAGUCGGAGCGCUCACGGCGUCGGCAGAGACUAUGAUCACCGAGGAGGCACAAGAACUUGCCCGGGUGUUCUUGUCGAAGAGCGGGCAGCCGAGUAACCCGGAGGAGUACGCACACACCGCCGUAGCUAACGUCGUGUGCGCGCUGUGCUUCGGCAAGCGGUACGAGCACGGCGACCAAGAGUUCCGCCAACUUCUGCGGAACACGGAAAAGUUCCGGCAGGCCAUCGGGGCGGGUAACCCCGCCGACUUCAUGCCCUGGCUUCGCUUCUUCCCCAACAAGAACAUGAAACUGUUCAAGGAGGCCAUGGAGUCGUCGACGCAGCUUUUCGACAAGCACAUCAACGCUCAUCUCCAGACGUACGAUCCCUCGGUGAUCAGAGACAUCGCCGACGCGCUGAUCUACAACAUGCGGGAGAACAAGGAGGCUGGAUUGACCGACGAAUUCGUCCUGGAGUGUGUCAUCGACAUCUUUGGCGCAGGACAGGACACUACAUCCCAGAUGUUGCACUGGGCCUUCCUCUACAUGCUAGUUUUCCCGGACGUACAGGCUCGAGUCCAGCGGGAGAUCGACGGAGUGGUCGGACGGGAGAGGGCGCCGACCCUCGCCGACGAGGCGAGCUUGCCCUACACGGUGGCGGUGAUUCAAGAGAUCGUUCGUCACACCGGAGUCGUCCCCAUGUCGAUCCCCCACCUCACCACCAAGGAUACACAGCUUCACGGCUACACCCUACCGAAGGAUACCAUCGUGUUCGCGAACCUGUUUUCCGUCGGGCACGAUCGCAGGAUCUGGGGGGACCCGAGCAGCUUCCGUCCCGAGCGUUUCCUGGACCCGAGCGGUACAACCCUCGACCCCGCCGCCGUCGAGAAGAACCUUCCGUUCUCCGCAGGGAAACGUCGCUGUCCCGGAGAACACCUCGCCAAGCAGGAGAUGUUCCUCUUCUUCUCCAUCCUCCUCCAACAGUGUAGCUUCGAGCGAGUCAACGGUACGGCGUCACCAACCUUGGAAGGUACGUUCGGACUAGUCAUGCGGCCACAGCCCUACAGUAUGAUCGUACGUCCGAGGUAAACUCUUAUCUUUACCGCACUAUCCGCACCGUGUGCCGUUCUAUUUCCUUAUACAACGUUGAGCAAGUUCAAAGCAAAACGUACUGUAUCGUUUUAACAAGACUAAGAUAAGAAAGGCCUGACGUGAGGACACAGUCCGCUUGAAGAAAAAAUCUAGGUCAAACUUCUGACGAAAACAACCACUGUAAACAGUAGUGCAUGAAAGGAGGGUGAAAACUAAGCUCAGUAAACGGAAUCCCCAACACACAAAAAAAUCGCGGGAAGAGGGACACUCACAUACCAUCGAAUCCACCAAGCGUGUUAUUUACAGAAGUAUACAAGAAGGGAUACUAAAAAUCAACCAACGAACAAACUACGUCCACAAAACAACUCCUACAGAAUUUGCAGCAAAAAGUGUACGGAAAACUACCGGACGUAAUUGAAAACAGCUUUGUUCGGACUCUGAGAAAAUGAUUGACAUGGACAUUGGACGUUUCAGUUUUGUCGGGAUUUAAGUCGACUGGGGCGUGACUGGACUGUGUUUUCAGGUAGGGGUCAAAUCAUUUUCAUCAACAACAAACUAUCUUCCCGAAAACAUGUGUUGCCUAGUGCCAGAACCAAGCUACGAUUACAGGAUACCUGAAAGUUGUCUAUAGCAUCCAAAUGUCUUCCAAAAUAACUGCCAUGAUACUCAAGUAAUAAUAUUGCCAGAAGGAAAAUGUAUGAACACAAAUUAUGAUAUUUUCUUGGAUUGAUCGAUAAUCUUGUACGCUUUGUUUCUUUCAAAUAGUCUUUCCGAAAACAUGUGCUAGCUAGUACCAGAGCAAAGUUACGAUAACAAGAUGCCUAAAACAUGUAUAUAGCAUCCACAUGUCUUCCAAAAUAACUGGCAUGAUAAUCAAGUAAUAAUAUUGCCAUAAGGAAAAUGUAUGAACACAAAUUAUAAUAUUUUCUUGGAAUAUCUUGUGCGCUUUGUUUCUAUUAGAUUGUCUU